CCGGGGUGUAACCAAGUGGCGCCUCUCCCUCUGACUGCGUGCGGCUCCAGUGGUUAAUCUUCUGCAGAAGGACCUUUAAAUGGUCUAGUACGGAGCGGCGCGACCACUUUCUGGUUAUAACUUGCUCUCAUUCCCGAUGGACUUGCUGCUUCAAUUCGCCAAGAAAGUGUGGAGCGUCCGUAGGCUCCUGGUGCUCUUCGUUACACCUCUCGUCCUGUUGCCGCUUCUAUUCACGCUGCCCUCCCGGGAAGGAAAAUGCCUUUAUAUAAUUCUGAUCAUGGCGAUGUACUGGUGCACCGAAGCUCUCCCUCUGGCUGUGACAGCCAUGCUCCCCAUUUUCUUGUUUCCUUUUUUUGGAAUCUUGCCCUCAAGUAAAGUGUGUCCACAAUAUUUCCUCGAUACCAACUUCCUGUUUCUCAGUGGUCUGGUGAUGGCUUCAGCCAUUGAGGAGUGGAAUCUUCAUCGGAGAAUUGCCCUGAAGGUCCUCAUGAUUGUUGGAGUGAAACCAGCUUGGUUGAUCCUGGGAAUUAUGUUAACAACCGCAUUUCUGUCAAUGUGGCUUAGUAACACUGCAACCACUGCCAUGAUGCUACCAAUUGCCAGUGCCAUCCUUAAAAGCCUUUUUGGAGACUUGGAGACGCUUAAAGAAAAGUGCAAGAGGACUGAGACAAACACCCAUAUUGUACCAAUGAAGUUACACAGUUUGCCAACUGAAGCACAAUUUCUCAAUCUGGAAGAACGGGUCGAUUUUCAGGAAAUGCCUGACACUCAAUCAUCAUUGGAAAUCCGCCAGGAGGCAGAAUACCAAAAGAAUGUCUGGAAGGGCUUCCUUAUCGCCAUCCCAUAUUCUGCUAGCAUUGGGGGCACUGCUACCUUGACUGGGACAUCACCCAACCUCAUCCUGGUGGGACAGCUCAGUAGCUUCUUCCCAAAAUGUGACAUGAUUAACUUUGGAUCCUGGUUUAUUUUUGCCUUUCCCCUGAUGGUCAUCUUUCUGUUUCUGGGAUGGAUCUGGAUUUCUUUCCUGUACGGGGGCCUCAGUCCAAGUGUGUGCUUCAAGAAGAAAAAUGUGAGAAUGGAGGCAGAAGAAAGAGCGAGAGCAGUUAUUAAAGAGGACUAUGAAAAGCUUGGACCUGUGAAGUUUGCUGAAGGAGCCAUCGGUGUCUUUUUCGUGUUGUUUGCACUCCUCCUUUUUACCCGAGAUCCUAAAUUCUUUCCUGGCUGGGCAAAGCUUUUUAAAUCAGGGUUUGUCACAGAUGCUGUCACUGGUAUUACCAUCAUCACAAUUUUAUUCUUCUUUCCUUCCCAAAAGCCUUCGAUUAAGUGGUGGUUUGACAUGAAGGCUCCAAAUUUUGCAACAAAACCACUUUUAUCUUGGAAGAAGGCACAAGAAACUGUUCCCUGGAACAUCAUUAUUCUUCUGGGAGGAGGAUUUGCUAUGGCAAAAGGAUGCGAGGAAUCUGGCUUAUCCUUGUGGAUUGGCAGCCGUCUUCAACCACUAGAAAGUGUGCCGCCAGGAGUGGCAGUCUUGCUCAUCACUUUGGUCAUCGCCUCCUUCACAGAGUUUGCCAGUAAUACGGCCACCAUCAUAAUAUUUCUACCCGUUCUGGCCGAGCUGGCAGUGCGUCUCAAGGUGAAUCCCCUCUAUCUGAUGAUCCCUGGCACAGUUGGCUGUUCGUAUGCAUUCAUGUUGCCAGUUUCUACACCCCCCAAUUCAAUUGCGUUUGCUUCUGGGCAUCUGACUGUCAAAGACAUGGUGAGAACUGGAAUCGUCAUGAAUAUUAUUGGAGUCUUGCUACUCUCUCUGGCCAUGAACACUUGGGCCCAAUUCAUCUUUGACUUAUCCACAUUCCCCACGUGGGCAAUCACUACCACUCCUAACGUGAGUGCCUUGGAGCUCAAUGUGAGCAACAGUGCAAGGGUGACCUUUAAUGUGUCCGGGUAACAAAUUGACAAUUGUGUGCAACUGGGAGAAUGGAGCAAUUCAACGAUCAGUCAAAAAAAGCUGGGACCUGGCAGCCAAAUGUCAAAAUCCCAGCUUCUGACAGCUGAGCCCAAAUACUAAAUGCUUAAUUUAUCUUUAAUUUACAAAAAACAUGGGCAGCCAGGCAGCAGGCUCAUUCAUCCGGGGAGAAAUAUUGAACACUGAAAUAGUGCCAACAUACAUUGCAAAAGGAUGUGAUUUUCAAAAAUGAAUAUCUGAAAUAAAGUUGGACAGAGGAGAAAGAUCACUGUGGAUCAUCUGCAAUCAAAGUGCCAAAAUGGAUUGACAUUGUCUGGUCUUCCUCAGUUUUGAAAUGUGGGUCAUCACCAAAAAUGUGAAAAGCUCGUUCAGAACUGUUAGUGUCUUAAUAUGUCUGUUGCGAUAAGAAUGAAAUGUCAGUGCUGCUCUCUUGAGGUGCCAGUUGUGGAUGAGAGGCUAGUUUUGAUAGUAGAGUGUCCUUUUUAAUAUACCUCAUCUUUUCAUUUCAAUUUAGAAAAUGAAUGUUUUAUUAUGCAACUCUGAAUUAUAAAGCUGAUUAUUAUUAUUAAAUCUGUAUGAAGUAUUUUUAU